AUGGCCUCGAAGUCGAAGCGGGAGUUGAUCCAAGGACCCCUGCGUCCUCCUAGACCGACCCCUCUGAGUCUGUCCUAUUCUCAACCACCAGCAUCGAAGAGCGAGGUAUCCGUGAGAAAUAAGGAGGCGAGCGUUCCAGUGGUCGAAUUUUCAUCUCGAGCUGUCCCCCAGCCUUUUCUUGACCCAUCGAUCAUCCAGCGUCGAAUCCAAGCCGCAAAGCAGCAAGAGAUUGAUCAUGAGAGAAGAUCCAAGCUGGGAGGAUCAUCCUCGUCUUCUCAACGUCUCUGA